CAAAAAGCUCACGGUUAGAUAAAAGUCGGACGCCAAGCGAAACAAAAUCGACAUACAUUCCACCAUUUUCCCCUGUUUGAAACUCGACAAAAGUUUGAAAGAAAUCAAAAUAUAUGUAAUUAAAGCAGAGAGUAAACGAAUUGGCGUGAAAAAAAUUUGAAUUUUACUUUCCCAAUUUGUUUUAUUCGAGCAUGUUAAUUGCUCAGGAUCUCGCGCAAUACAAAACCCCUCCAAUUUGUCUUGUGUCCUGAGAUUUAGGGUUUUUACAAAAAUCUUGAAUCCUUUUUGCGCUUACUUAUUGAUUGGCAGUGGGCUACUGACACAUACAAAGACAGAUAUUUAAGAGUUUGAGGGGUUUUAUCCGAGUGAUCGUACGAGUGACAGUGAUGGAUGGCAGGAGGAUAACGGCGAAUCCACGUCCGUCUAGUGGCCGGCGGGUGGUUGCGAGGAAGCGGCCGCGUGGAGGUGUUGAUGGGUUUGUUAAUAGUGUUAAGAAGCUUCAGAGGAGAGAGAUAUGCUCGAAAAGGGGACGUGCUUUUACCAUGUGUGAUGCUCAGGAGCGGUUCAGAAAUAUUCGAUUACAGGAGGAGUAUGACACCCAUGAUCCCAAGGGACACUGUCCUACAGUUUUGCCAUUUCUUAAGAAGAGGUCAAAGAUUAUUGAGAUUGUAGCUGCUCAUGAUAUAGUAUUUGCUCUUGCACAAUCAGGAGUUUGUGCAGCAUUCAACCGAGAAACUAACAAGAGAAUAUGCUUUCUGAAUGUUACUCCUGAUGAGGUUAUAAGAAGCCUUUUCUACAAUAAGAACAAUGAUUCACUCAUUACAGUUUCAGUGUAUGCUUCAGACAGCUUUAGUUCCUUGAAAUGUAGAACAACAAGGAUUGAAUACAUAAGGAGAGGUCAACCGGAUGCUGGUUUUGCUCUUUUUGAAUCAGAAUCUUUGAAAUGGCCUGGAUUUGUGGAGUUUGAUGAUGUAAAUGGGAAAGUACUCACAUUCUCAGCACAAGAUAGCAUUUACAAGGUGUUCGACCUAAAAAACUAUAUGAUGUUGUAUUCCAUAUCAGAUAAAAAUGUACAAGAGAUCAAAAUAAGUCCUGGAAUCAUGUUGUUGAUAUUUAACAAAUCCAGUGGCCAUGUCCCUUUAAAGAUCCUCUCUAUUGAAGAUGGAAGUGUUCUAAAAUCUUUCAACCAUCUUCUUCAUCGACAUAAGAAGGUGGAUUUUAUCGAACAGUUCAAUGAAAAGCUUCUUGUAAAGCAAGAGAACGAGAAUCUACAGAUUCUUGAUGUAAGAACUUCUGAGCUAAUAGAAGUUAGCAGGACAGAAUUCAUGACUCCAUCAGCAUUCAUCUUUCUGUAUGAGAAUCAGUUAUUCCUGACAUUCAGAAACCGAACAGUUGCUGUCUGGAAUUUCAGAGGGGAACUUGUGACUUCAUUUGAAGAUCAUUUGUUAUGGCAUCCAGACUGCAACACCAACAACAUUUACAUCACAAGUGAUCAGGAUCUCAUCAUUUCAUAUUGCAAAGCCGAUUCAGACGAUCCAUUAACUGAAGCAAAUGCAGGUUCCAUAAAUAUCAGCAAUAUUCUGACAGGGAAAUGUCUGGCUAAAGUGAAGGCAUUGAAUAAUGUUGUGAUGGAUGAAUGCAGUUGCAGUGAUAGUGAUAGAAGAAGAUGCAAGUGCAAAUUAAGGAAUAGAAGGAUUGAAGCUUCAAGGACUACAGAAGCUCUGGAGGAUAUUACUGCUCUUUUUUAUGAUGAAGAUCGUAGUGAGAUAUAUACAGGAAAUAGGCUUGGUUUGAUACAUGUGUGGUCUAAUUGAAAUUAAAACGUUUGUUUUUUUCGCUUGUAGUUAAUGAUAUAUUAUAUUAUAUAAUAUGUUGUGUGAUAUUGAAAUGAUUGGUAAAAAAAAGUGGAUGUUUUUUGUUUA